UGUUGUUGGUUUUUAUAAGAUUUCUUCAAUUGAACCCGAAUCGAUAAACCAUGAGCAUCAUACAGGCUGCUCGCCGGCUCAAGGAACAAUAUACUAAGAACGUCAACAGCUUUGACGUCACGCAGUUGGAAAAAGAACUCAUGCUGUUCAAGAACACCAUAAAGACCAACAAUGAUCAAUUGGCGAAGACCUUAAGUGAUGUAGAAACGGCAAAAAGUAAGAUUUUGGAAUUGUCCAAGCUGCUUCAGGAGGUCGACUUUGAAAAUUCCGAUAUUUCCAAUGAUAUUGCAGAAACUGAAGAAUAUUUGGUGUCUAUGGAAAGAGAAAAUUGGAAGCUUAAACAGAAUGCAGAGGGAAACAAAGGAAGAAUAGGGGUUCUAGAGGCCGAAAACAAAGUGUUAUUGUAUAAAUUCAUCGAACAGGAAGCCGAGAACGCAAAGUUAAAGAAGGAGUUGUCCCAACUGAACACAGAACUUAACGAUAUUUCUGUGUUUGCUGGAGAAUACUUAGGAAGUGACAAGAGGCUUUGGAGUAUCAUGUCGAAAGUUCAGGAGAUUCAAAGAGAGGUUGACGAGAUGCAAAAAUCGGUGCUGAACGAAAGCAGACAUGAGUUCCCGAGGGAAAUGGGGGCGAUCACAGAGUAUUAUAAAAACAAGUUGAAACGGAUCGAACAAGAUAAGAUGCUAGUCCUGAAUCACCUUAGGGAUUUGAAGGUCGAACACGAGGUUUUGCAAAACUCGAUAGAUGGAGGUACGUCAGAAGCUUCAGGUAUCAUUGCAGAAUUGGUGGCGGUGCAGUGUAAAGAAAAUUGCGAUUUUUUUCGACAGAAUAUCGAAGAUCAAGAGGUUAGACUGAAAGUAUUGGGGAUAUUGUUGGACAAGGAAAAGACGUAUAACUUCAAAUUGUUGUCAUUCUUAGAGAACGCACAGAAAAAAAAUCAGGAUCUAUUGAGCGAAGCAGAUAUGAUGCCAGUCGAGGUGAAAGAUGAAAUAGUUUUCUUGGAUAAUAGCGGUGAAACCGGUAUUGUCGAGUGAUAAGAAGAUGAAAAAAAAAGUCAAGUGAUAAUUUUGAUCUGUUUGUGAUUAGGUGACCUGUAUCAAUACAGAUAGAAUUGUUGCGUUAAGUUAUCGUUUGAAUUAAUAUUACAUGUUGUAUUUCCGUGAAUGAAGUGUUACUUAUGUUGAUUAUGAAAAAUUAUUGCUUGUGAGUCGUUUAUCUGAAAUUCGAGCAGCAGGAGAUGAACGGGCUGCUUUUUAGAACGGAGCAAGCUCUGGAGGCCAAGCAGUCCGCGUCGCCUGACGAGAUGGACGACUUGUCCCCAAUGCCCCCCUCUGCCUCCCAGCCCCCAGUCAAACGUAGAGGAGGCAUAUCGGCGGAGCCGGUGACUGAAGAGGACGCCACCAGCUACGUGAAGAAGGUGGUGCCGAAGGACUACAAGACGAUGGCCGCCCUAUACAAGGCGAUCGCGAAGAACGUCUUGUUCUCGCACCUGGACGAGAACGAACGUUCGGACAUUUUCGACGCCAUGUUUCCGGUCACGUGUCUGCCGGGGGAGCCGAUCAUCCAGCAGGGAGACGAGGGGGACAAUUUUUACGUGAUCGAUCAGGGCGAGGUCGAGAUCUAUGUCAACAAUGAACUAGUAACAACGAUAGGAGAAGGCGGCAGUUUCGGAGAGUUGGCGCUGAUCUACGGAACACCAAGGGCGGCUACCGUCAAGGCCAAAACGGAUGUGAAACUUUGGGGCAUCGACAGAGACUCGUACCGUAGGAUACUCAUGGGAUCUACGAUCAGGAAACGUAAGAUGUACGAGGAGUUCCUAUCCAGAGUUUCCAUCCUGGAGAACUUAGACAAAUGGGAAAGACUGACUGUGGCGGACGCCUUGGAACCUGUCAGAUUUGACAACGGUGAAACUAUUGUCAGACAAGGUGAACCAGGCGAUGAUUUCUACAUUAUUGUUGAAGGCACUGCUAUUGUUAAGCAAAAUAGAACAGAGGGCGAAGAACCUACCGAAGUUGGUAAACUGGCUGCUGGUGAUUAUUUUGGCGAAAUUGCCCUACUUCUUAACAGACCAAGAGCUGCCACCGUGGUUGCUUGUGGACCCUUGAAAUGUGUGAAGCUGGAUAGGGCCAGGUUUGAACGAGUGCUUGGCCUUUGUGCUGAUAUAUUGAAAAGAAAUAUUACCCAAUAUAAUAGUUUCGUAUCUUUGUCAGUUUAAGUAGCCCAUGAAUGAUAUUUUGUUAACUUAUUCGUUCUAUUUGAUGUACCAAGAUCAGCCAAAAUUCAGAGUCUUCAUUCAUUAUUGAAUAGAAAAUACGUUGUGGUUGAACAUGAUAUCUGGGUUCUGACAAGCAAAAUUGAUUUACUCUAAAAUUGAACUAUUUUUCUAUACAUAGGAGUUUCAGUAUAUUAAUUAUUACUAAUAAUACAAAUUGGUAGUGAAUAAAAAUUCUAUUGAGUUUGUCAGAACUUAAAAAGAUGUAUUGCUUGUAUUGUACUAAAUAUGUAUAAAAAUGUAUUAUAAAUAAUUUCUUCCAAUAAGAAUUGAUUUUGGUUUAAUAUGAGAAAUAAAUCUAUUCGAUUUUGUUAUAUUUGUUGCUUUUGUUUGAAUUUUUUAGAGAUGACUUCAAUUUUAUGUAUAUCAAUAUAGAAACUGUUAAAUACUUAAUUAAAAACUAAUUUAAUGAUU